AUGAGUUACAGUCACCCCCCUCUCUACGUGGAGAGCAUGACCUCUCUCAAGGUGGGCAACGUGACCUACCGCACCUCAGCCAACACCCUGCGGCCACUCUUUGAGAAGUAUGGGUGCAUCGGCGACGUGUACAUUCCACGGGACUGCUUCACUAAGGAGCCUCGUGGCUUCGCCUUUGUCCGCUUCCUGUAUAAGCACCACGCCCAGGAUGCCAUGGAUGCCCUAGAUGGAAUCGUGUUGGAUGGCCGCGUGCUCAGAGUACAGAUGGCCCACUGUAGUCAUCCUACAUAUGGCCACCACAGCUCCAGAUCCCGAUGCCGACUUGGAUUCCGACCCAGGAGUAGAUCUCACGUCAGCUGCUUGAGGUCUAGGUCUCGCUCCCGCUCUCCUUCUCGCUCUCACCGUAGAUCUUCAUCAACCCCUAGAUCCGGGUCAACCCAAAGAUCCAUAUCCACGUCCUCCUCGGUGUCCAGAUCUCGCUCGUGGACCGGGUCGAGCUCUGGGUCCAGAAGUCUUCCACCUGGCUGCAAUAGGGGUUCUGAGGCUGGAUCACGAUCCAAGAGUACCUCCAAGUCUCCUGAAGAGGAAAGAGUUG